AUGGAAGUAGCGCAGUACGAGAGCGAUGCAUCAGAUGGAGAAAUUAUUCAAGAACAACGUGCAGUAAAAGAAAAAAAACGCCGCCGUGGAAAGAAGAAAACCAAGUUUUGGAUUAUAGAAGAAACAUUUGAUAAUGCUGGUGAAGUAGAAGCAUCGAUUAAAAAUGAAUGGACCAAGCAUUAUACAAAUCACACUCAAGAUGUAAUUGGUCAAUCGAUUGUGAUUCGUCAUCAGUAA